UCGCCUCGAUUCCGUUUGAAUUGGAGCAAUUGGAUGUUUUUGGAUCUUAUUUCUCUGUUCUCGUGGCGGUGGAGGGUUAAAGAUUGGAUUUUGGCUGCUGCUUUUUGGUUUCUGAUUUCACGGCUGUGAGGAUAUAUGGCCCGGCCUCGAUUUGCUAUGAUAUGAGACAAUUUGGCACUAUAAUUGAAGUUGUAGGACUUCAUUAAGUUACUUAUGAAAAGAAGUGAGGUAUCAAGUUGAAGAAUCAGUAACCAUGUCUAUCUUGUCGAAGUUGCGUUGUAUCACCGUGGACGUCACGGGUACUCUAAUAGCUUACAAGGGAGAACUCGGGGAUUACUACUGCAUGGCAGCUAAAGCAGUAGGAUUGCCUUGUCCGGAUUACAAACGCAUGCAUGAAGGCUUCAAGGCUGCAUACACAGAUAUGGUGAAAGAGUAUCCAUGCUUUGGACAUGCAGCAAAAAUGCCAAAUAUCGACUGGUGGAGAGCAUGUGUGAAGGACUCCUUCAUCAGGGCAGGCUAUGAAUAUGAUGCGGAGACAUUUGAGAAGGUGUUCAGGCGCAUAUAUUCGUCUUUCGGGUCUUCUGCGCCCUACGUCGUAUUUCCAGACUCUCAACCCUUCCUCAGAUGGGCACGUCAGAAGGGCUUGAUGGUUGGAAUCGUCAGCAAUGCGGAAUACCGGUACCAAGAUGUCAUUCUUCCUGCCCUGGGAAUCAAUCAGGGAUCAGAAUGGGACUUUGGCGUAUUCUCAGGUGUAGAGGGCGUCGAAAAACCUGACCCAAGGAUCUACGAGAUCGCGCUGGAGAAGGCAGGAAACAUUGCAGCAGAAGAAGCAGUGCACAUCGGGGACAGCAUGCGCAAGGACUACCUCCCAGCCAGCAGUGUGGGCAUGCAAGCCUUGAUAUUGGACAGGUUCAAGACAUCGGAUGCGGAGAACUGGAGAAAGUCUGGCGCCGUCGUGCUUCCUGAUCUUGUUGCCACCCAGGAAUGGCUCACCAAGGAAGAAAAUGUCACGGCCAUGCUUGCCUAGAACCAUUUACCACCGAAGAAAUAAAGGACGGUCAUCUAGCAAAGAAGAACACUUUCUUUUUUUUGUUUCUUUACCUGUUUUCAUGUUUCUUCCUUUGGGACAUGAAUCAUUUAAUAUGUUUCUUUCUUCUGUCGUAAGCUGGCUGAUAUGGUUUAAUCCGCCGUCAGCAGCCGGUAAUGAGCCACUGCUUGAGAACUUAUAGUUUAUGUUUCAUUUGGUUGUGAACACAGCACAACAGGUUGGAAAUGCAUGAGGUUGGUACUGC